UGGACACUAAAAUGGCUGCCGUUGCCAUGGCACCCAACCCCGUGCAGACCCUUCAGGAGGAGGCGGUGUGCGCCAUCUGCCUCGAUUACUUCACGGACCCCGUGUCCAUCGGCUGCGGGCACAACUUCUGCCGCGUGUGUGUAACCCAGUUGUGGGGAGGGGAGGAUGAAGAGGACAGGGACGAAUUAGACCGGGAGGAGGAGGAGGAGGACGGGGAGGAGGAGGAAGUGGAGGCUGUGGGGGCCGGUGGGGGGUGGGACACCCCCAUGCGGGAUGAAGAGUAUGAGGGUGACAUGGAGGAGGAGGUCGAGGAGGAAGAGGAGGGUGUGUUCUGGACCAGUGGCGUGGGCGGGUCCAACUGGGAUAACAUGGACUACGUGUGGGAGGAGGAGGACGAGGAGGAAGACCUGGACUACUACUUGGGGGACAUGGAGGAGGACCUGAGGGGGGAGGAUGAGGAGGACGAGGAGGAAGUGCUGGAGGAGGACGAGGAAGAAGAGCUAGAGCCCGUCACCCCACUGCCCCCGCCUCCAGCCCCUCGGAGGUGCUUCACCUGCCCCCAGUGCCGAAAGAGCUUUCCUAGGCGGAGCUUCCGUCCCAACCUGCAGCUGGCCAACAUGGUCCAGGUGAUUCGACAGAUGCACCCAACUCCUGGUCGAGGGAGCCGUGGGACCGAGCAGGGCAUUUGUCCCAAACACCAGGAAGCCCUGAAGCUCUUCUGCGAGGUGGACGAAGAGGCCAUCUGUGUGGUGUGCCGAGAAUCCAGGAGCCACAAACAGCACAGCGUGGUGCCAUUGGAGGAGGUGGUGCAGGAGUACAAGGCCAAACUGCAGGGACAUGUGGAACCACUGAGGAAGCACCUGGAGGCUGUGCAGAAGAUGAAGGCCAAGGAGGAGAGGCGGGUGACAGAGCUGAAGAGCCAGAUGAAGUCGGAGCUGGCAGCUGUGGCCUCAGAGUUUGGGCGGCUGACACGGUUUCUGGCUGAAGAACAGGCAGGGCUGGAGCAGCGCCUCCGAGAGAUGCACGAAGCCCAGCUGGGGCGUGCAGGAGCAGCAGCCAGCCGCCUUGCAGAGCAGGCUACCCAGCUGAGCCGCCUGCUGGCCGAGGCCCAAGAACGGAGCCAGCAGGGGGGCCUGCGGCUGCUCCAGGACAUCAAGGAGACUUUCAAUAGGUGUGAAGAGGUACAGCUGCAGCCCCCAGAGGUCUGGUCCCCUGACCCGUGUCAACCCCAUAGCCAUGACUUCCUGACAGACGCCAUCGUGAGGAAAAUGAGCCGGAUGUUCUGUCAGGCUGCCCGAGUGGACCUGACGCUGGACCCUGACACGGCUCACCCGGCCCUGAUGCUGUCCCCUGACCACCGAGGGGUCCGCCUGGCAGAGCGGCGGCAGGAGGUUGCUGACCAUUCCAAGCACUUCUCAGCGGACUGCUGUGUACUGGGGGCCCAGGGCUUCCGCUCUGGCCGGCACUACUGGGAGGAGCCUAAAGAACUUUCUUGGCCUCCAGCUUGGCCUCCUCUCACCUAUGUCUGCCAAACAGGUCUGCAUGGGUCCCUGAUGAGAAUAGCUGCCUGGUUAUCCCUCCUGUGGGCCCAGGGUUCUGAGUUUGAGUAGGGGAUGAGGGGAGAUGGUAAUUUCAUUACUAAACUUCCCUUUCCCCACCCCUGCUCUUCAACCUUCAAGUCACUUCUGAGGCUGGAGGAUUUGGGCAAGACUGAUGACAGCCCCCAUUCCAAUUCCAUUUUCUGAUGCAAAUUUUAGCUAAGGGAUUUGGAAGCUUUUUUGGGGAGGCAGGCUGGGCAAAAGGGUGGAGCUGGGUAAUAAUGUCUUACUAUCCGGGGGAAGUAGAAGGGAUUCUACACUUUCCUUCCAUCCCCAAUUUCUACCUCCAUAGACUGGCGAGAAUUUAGCCUCAGUGAGAGGUCUAGAAUGGUGGACACCAUUGAAACCACGUACCUUUAUAUCACCCAAUAAAUUAUUUUCUCCCCCUUCCUUUUUCCAGUACUCAGCCCAAAAGCAAAGCUCACCCAUCCUAUCCCUCCAGGUCUUCUCAUUCUCAGGCUCCUUUCCCUUUUGUUCAGUGAAAUUCCUUUGUCCUCAAGUCUUUAGUUCCCUCCAUGUGGCAAGCCCUGACUGGGAGCCUGGGGACAGGGGUUUGGAUCCCCCGAGAGGAAAGCCUUGGGUGUAAUCUGUUUUUCUAGUAACUCCUUGCCUUCUGUCACUUAGCAGCUUUUGUCCUCAGCUUUGAUCGCUGAGGUUGUUUUACGUUCCUGAGGGAAAGGGAAGAUGGGCUGUGUUGUGGAAAUAAAAAGGUUUAUUUGCUUC